CACGUUCACGUACACAUUUGUUUUUUCCUGCGGCUACUUCCUCUCUGUCCACCUCCGGCCGCCUCCACCCACCUGUGUCACCUGUGUCACCUGUGCCCUCCCAGGCUGUCGCCAUACCCAUGCAGGCUUAUUUAUAUCUGGAUGCUGUAGUUAGGUGCUCUGUGUUGGUUCAAAUCACAAAGACACAAGACAACAGCCGGGGUCACCAUGGUCACCAUGCCCACGAGAACCGACACAGAGGAGCUCUAUGGGGAGUACAGGGAGCAGUUGGGCAGCUUCGCCAGACGGGAGGCCACGCGCCUGCUGACCGAAAGGCAACUGAGGAAGCAUGCAGGUGAUGCCACGGCAACCAGGAGGAGUCAUGGGCGACCACACCAUAUCCCCUUGGAAACCGGACCCAGCUCCUCAGGAUUUAGCCACACCUCCUCGGUGAAGAAAACACGUCCCUAUUCCAAAUGCCAAGACUGUCUAGCACGGAUCCAGAGGUACAUUGUGACGAAGCUUGGGGAGGACUGGAUCUUCCUGGUUCUGCUCGGCCUCACCAUGGCUCUGGUGAGCUGGAGUAUGGACUACGCUAGUGCUAAGAGCUUGCAGGCCUAUAAGUGGGUAUAUGUGGAGCUCAAAGGGAACAUUGCGCUGCAGUACCUGGCCUGGAUCACCUAUCCCAUGGUCCUCAUCACAUUCGCCUCGCUCUUCUGCCACCUGGUCGCUCCACAGGCCAUUGGUUCUGGCAUCCCUGAGCUGAAGACCAUCUUGAGGGGAGUGGUGCUGAAGGAGUAUCUCACCUUGAAGGCUUUUGUGGCGAAGGUCGUUGGCCUUACAGCUGGCCUGGGCAGUGGGAUGCCUGUUGGGAAAGAGGGUCCAUUUGUCCACAUAGCCAGCAUCUGUGCUGCAGUGCUCAGCAAAGUCAUGUCCAUCUUCACUGGAGUGUAUGAGAACCCUUAUGGGUACACAGACAUUCUGACGGUCGGCUGUGCUGUGGGUGUAGGCUGCUGUUUUGGCACUCCUCUAGGAGGAGUGUUGUUCAGUAUUGAGGUCACGUCCACCUACUUUGCGGUGAGGAAUUACUGGAGAGGGUAUUUCGCCGCCACUUUUAGCGCCUUUAUCUUCAGAGUGCUGUCAGUGUGGAAUAAAGAUGCUGUCACCAUCACAGCCCUGUUCCGCACAAACUUCCGCAUGGAUUUCCCCUUCGACCUGCAGGAGCUGCCUGCGUUUGCCAUCAUUGGGAUCUCGUGUGGGUUUCUUGGGGCGUUCUUUGUGUAUCUGAAUAGACAGGUUGUCCUGGUGAUGCGGAGGCAAACGGCACUCACACGAUUCCUGACCAGACAUCGGUUGAUUUACCCGAGCGUUGUGACGCUGGUUAUCGCCACCCUCACGUUCCCUCCUGGGUUCGGCCAGUUCAUGGCAGGAGAGCUGAUGCCGAGGGAGGCCAUUAACUCUCUGUUUGAUAACUUCACCUGGACCAAAAUAUCAGGCCCCACCCACCCACCUGGCCUUGGGCAGUCCGCUGUGUGGCUCCACCCACAAGUCAGCGUCUUCAUCAUCCUACUGCUGUUUUUUGUGAUGAAGUUCUGGAUGUCUGCCGUUUCCACGACGAUGCCUAUUCCUUCUGGCGCGUUUAUGCCUGUCUUCAUCCUGGGGGCAGCAUUUGGUCGACUGGUGGGGGAGAUCAUGGCCACUCUCUUCCCGAAUGGGAUUCUUUUUGACGGGAUUGUCUACCGCAUCCUGCCUGGAGGCUACGCUGUCAUAGGUGCUGCUGCCUUGACGGGUGCCGUCACGCACACGGUCUCCACAGCAGUAAUCUGCUUUGAGCUGACGGGUCAGAUCUCGCACAUCCUGCCCAUGAUGGUGGCUGUGAUCCUGGCCAACAUGGUGGCCCAGGGCCUGCAGCCGUCCCUCUACGACUCCAUCAUCCAGGUGAAGAAGCUGCCCUACCUGCCGGAGCUGGGCUUCGGCCACAUAAGCAAGUAUAAUAUCUUUGUGGAGGACAUCAUGGUGAGGAAAGUGAAGUUUGUAUCUGCUCAUUCCACAUACCGUGAGGUCAGCAACCUCCUUCAGUCCACCUCCCUCAGGACUAUACCCCUAGUGGACUCCAAAGAAUCGAUGAUCCUUUUGGGCUCAAUUGAGAGAUGUGAGCUUCAGGCUGCCUGCGAUUGGUGGCUUUCGGCAGAGAGGCGGGUCUACGAGCAGGGUCAGGGUCUACACAGCCCCGGGUCAAAGGUCAAGUGGGAGACCUCUUUCACCUUUGUGGAUGAGGAGGGAGGGGAGGAGAAUGGAGGAAAGACCACAGAGGAGAGGAAUGGGCCUCUUCCUUCCCCUAAAGCUCCGGAUUCCCCCACUCACUCAACAGAAGACAGGGGAGCUCUUCAAACGGUGAGGAGGACUCUUCGGCGACUCUUCUCCUCAUCUUCAUCAUCCUCAGGCCAGACAGAAAUACAGGAGCUCCCACCAUCUCUAUUGGCAGAUACCAUGACAACACAAGAGAUAAAAGCCUGGGAAGAGGCCGAGCUGGACCAGCCAAUCGAGAUGGAACAGAUCCGCGUGGACCCCUCCCCUUUUCAGCUGGUGGAGAGGACCUCACUGCAUAAAACACACACUCUAUUCUCUCUGCUGGGCCUCAGCCAUGCAUAUGUCACAAGCAUUGGGAAACUGGUUGGAGUUGUGGCCCUCAAGGAGCUGCAGAAAGCCAUCGAGGGCUCCACCCGCAGUGGGGUUCGCCUGCGCCCACCCCUCGCCAGCUUCCGGGACGCCAGCCGGAAAGCCAAGAAGCCCCCGCACACGCCUUCGACCCCCUCCUCCCCCACGCGCGAGCGGGAGAUGUGGGCCGAAGGGGGGAAGAGGGACGGAAGGGGCGAGUCUGGGGGAAGGAUCGUCACGGCCACAGGUACAGGUUGUGAUGUCGCCACUGGCAACAGUAGCCGAGGGACCGUAAGCCUACCCGAGGAGCCCCUCCCCUCCCCCUCCUUCUCCUUCUCCGCCAUCCCUCUCUCAUCCUUUCAUUCUGUGGAGGAGAGGAGCGAAGAGAGAGAGAGUGAUGAGGAGCCCAUCUAAAUAAGACUUAUUAAAGAAACACAGACACACAAACAAAGCAUAUGUACAUACACUAUACAGUAUGCAACACUUGUUCAUAUUUUUGAGCACUGCCUUUCUUAUAUUAAAAAUACAACACUGUGCUGGGGACAGUGGAGCUUUCAUCUGUGCCCCAAUGAAGCUCUUAGAAAACCUACCAGAGGAGCAGGAAUUCAUAGUUUUUAAAAAGGACUUUUAUACUCUUUUAAAGUCUUUUAAAGUCUUUUAAAACAGUCUUUUUUUAUGUAUCUCACUCAGGUGUUUCCCCCUAUGUCUUUAAACAUUUUGGGACAGAGUCUCUUUUCUUCUCACCUUCCUGUGCAUCUUCCAGCUGGUCUUGGGUGACUGUGGGUGUCUGUGAUUGUUUGAGUCAUCUUAUCUGCAUCAUGCAUGCUAUUCUAAGGAGUCUGUGCCUUGUUAGUCAAUGAAAUGUAGUCUGUGUCUGCCGACAUGCUUUAUAAUGAGCCAAUCAUUCAAAGAAAUUGUUUACCUAUAAUUAGAUUUUUCUGUGAAUCUGUAGUCCAACUGGCUAGCUGGGUUUUGCUCUAGCGGGUAGCGGUAUACACAAUAAUGAGAACCUGUGUGUGUGUGUGUGUGUGUGUGUGUGUGUGUGAGUGUGUGAGUGUGUGUGUGUGUGUGUGUGUGUGUGUAUGUGUGUGUCUGUGAGUGUGUGUAUAUACGUGUGGCUGGAGCAAAACUCUCUUCAGUGUUGUUCUAUAGUAUAAGGACUGAUUUUCUGUUUUACGUAGUAGAGAUUCAUGAUUGUUACUACUGAUGCUCGUAUAACUGUUAUAGAUCAUGAUAAUAAAUAUUUUGUGUAUAGCUCUGUGUUCUCUAAGUCUUCUCUCUCAAUCUGUUGUUUUUUAUUGUUUUUCCUAAAUAGUUUCAU